AUCCGGCCCGGUUGAACCAUUCGCCGUGUUGCGGCCACCUAAUCGACAAGCUAUGGUGUAUUUGGGUUGACAGCUUUAUUUAGUUCAGGACAGCAACACAGAUCCAACCCCACCACACGCUUCUUGAGGUCUUUGCUGAUCUCAAGGCAUAGUCUACGUUUACUUUAUGGACUGUUCGAGCCUGCUCUCAUAAUUCAGAAAGCAAGAAAUUAGCGAAAUAACCACUCUCGCCUCUUAUCUACUUUUAAGAUACCCGCAAGUCGACAAGGCGCACCUCGAUUGCAGCGAUAACGCCGCCAACUGAUUAUCACCAGACUCACACGAGCUGCGCGAACGCAGCUCGUAGAAGAUGCUAUCCACAAUGCGCCUAGCUUGCCUUUUUCUCGUCAUUGCACUAUGCCUGGUGCAGUUGGUGCUGGCGGCAGAAGACUAUUACAAAACUCUAGGUUUAGACAAAUCGGCUUCAGAAAGGGAUAUUAAAAGGGCAUAUCGAACCUUGAGCAAGAAAUAUCAUCCUGAUAAGAAUCCAGGCGACGAGAACGCACGCGAGAAAUUCGUUGAAAUUGCAGAGGCAUAUGACGUACUUUCUACAUCCACCACGCGCAAGAUCUACGAUCAGUAUGGACAUGAAGGAGUGGAACAGCAUCGACAGGGUGGCAAUGCGGGGCGACAGGCACACGAUCCCUUCGACUUGUUUUCGCGGUUUUUCGGCGGCGGCGGACACUUCGGACAUGCGCCGGGACAUCGGAGGGGACCGGACAUGGAAUACAAGAUUGGGUUGCCGCUGCGCGAUUUCUAUAAUGGCAGGGAGGUCACUAUUAUGUUAGAGAAACAGCAGAUCUGCGAUGCGUGCGAGGGUACGGGGUCGGCAGAUCGUGAGGUUAUCACCUGUGAUCGGUGCGCGGGGCAUGGAAGGGUCAUCCAGAAGCAUAUGCUGGCACCCGGAAUGUUUCAGCAAGUGCAAAUGACCUGUGAUAAGUGUGGUGGACAAGGGAAGAUGAUCAAGAAGCCCUGUCACGUAUGUCACGGACAACGGGUUGUUCGCAAGGAGGUGGAAACAGCGUUUACUGUAGAGCCUGGAAUGGGGAAGGGGUCACGGAUUGUAUUUGAAAAUGAGGCCGACGAGAGUCCCGACUAUAUUGCUGGCGAUCUGGUGCUGAUUUUGGAUGAGCGGGAACCCGAGGCGAGCGAUUACCAGUGGCAGACGGACGGCACCUUCUUCCGAAGGAAGGGUAAGGACCUGUUCUGGAGGGAAGCGCUAUCACUGCGGGAGGCAUGGAUGGGUGAGUGGACCCGCAAUAUCACUCACCUGGAUGGGCACAUCGUCCAGCUUGGACGCAAACGCGGUGAGGUCGUGCAACCCUUGUCUGUGGAAACAGUUAAGGGUGAGGGCAUGCCAUUUUACUCGGACGGUCAUCUCCAUGAAAGUCACGACCAAGAUGAGGAGCCGGGCAAUCUGUAUGUGGAGUAUAGUGUGAUUCUUCCUGAUCAGAUGGAGAGCGGGAUGGAGAAGGAGUUCUUUGCGCUAUGGGAGAAGUGGCGUAAGAAGAACGGGGUUAAUCUGGACAAGGACAGUGGUCGGCCUGAACCAUCAGUGAAGGAUGAGUUAUGAUAUAUUAAUUAAAUACACCGCAUCAAGCUGUCUGGAUGACC